GACCGUUGUGCUUGCGGCUUCGCUCGUUCCCCUCCACCACUCCGUCUCCUUCCUAUUGCUGAGUGCGGCACCCUUGCCUAUAAUAAACCCCGCCGCACGCCCGCACCGGAGAAGAAAGCUCCCAAGUCCCAAUCCACGUUCCUCGCCCCCUGCCGCUCCGGAGAGUCAUGGCCACCGCCGUUUCCACCCCCGCGGACCUGUCGCCCACGCCUGCCCCGAGACGGCGGGGCCGGCCGCCGAAGAACCCCGCCCCAGCCGAGGCCCCAGGCAGCCCGGCGGACCAAGCGGAGGUGAUUGGGGACUACGAGCGCGAGAGGGACGCGAGGAUCCGGGAGAACAUGGAGCGGAUGCAGAAGCUCGGCAUCCUCGACCUCGCGCACACCCUCAGCCACUGCGCCGCCGCCUCGGGUCUGGGUACCGGCAGCGGGCGGUGGCGCCGGAAGCCCGUGGAGCCGGGGUCUGCUGGUGGGGCCAGGGUGAAGCCCGCGUCGCCGGCGCCCUCGCGGAGAUCGCUCAGGUUGAAGGACGUGGAACCGGUUACCUAUCGUGAAAUUGAGCCAAAGAAAGAGAAACGCUCUGAAGGUGGCAAAACUGUUUUAAUGGAGGUGGGAGCCAAGGAAGAAAUAUACACUGAAGAGCAUGACAAGCUUUUGGGUACAUGCAACACUCCUUGGACUCUCUUUGUUGAUGGUUAUGGCAAAGAUGGAAAACGCAUUUAUGAUCAAGUGAGGGGUCAAACCUGUCAUCAGUGCCGUCAGAAGACUCUUGGUCAUCAUACAAGCUGCUGUAAAUGCCAGAUUGUCCAAGGACAGUUCUGUGGAGACUGUUUGUACAUGAGGUAUGGUGAAAAUGUGUUAGAGGUUAAGAAGAAUCCUAACUGGAUAUGUCCAGUUUGCCGUGGCAUCUGUAAUUGCAGUCUAUGCAGAACUAAGAAAGGAUGGUUCCCUACUGGGUCUGCGUAUAGGAAGGCGAUCGGACUUGGGUACAAAUCUGUGGCACACUUUCUAAUUGCAACACAUCGAGCAUCAUCAGUCAAUUCAAGCUCAGUCGACAAUAACAAGCUGCCGUUUGCUAAAUCUGAAACCUCGUGCAUUUCUGACCAUGCCAAUGAGAGCCCAGAGGAUGGAGAAACGACCAGCAAAGCUAAGCAGAACAAAGCAACUCGCCGCCGAGUGAGGAAGAGUUCUGAUGGCGACAACGAUAGCAGAAGUGGGUCCGUGGUGACAUCUGACUGCCAGGAUGAUCAAGCCAACAAGGAUGCUGGGUGUGUGACUCCGUCGUCUAAGCCAGCGUCAACGAAGAGGAAGUACGUUGAACGAAGCCCUGACUGCAUCGCAAGCAGGCUGCGGUCUCGGCUCAAUAUGCCAUGAGCCCAUGAAGAUGUGAUCAGGAUCAUGUAUCUCUUUUACUGCCUGACCGCAGGCUCUGUCCCUUCUUGCGAUGAUGUUGUGGCUCUUUCAUCUACAAGCAGUUCAUGGUUUGCCAGUAACGAUGUUCUGCGCGAGUAAGAAGGUGAUUGUUAUAGUCUCUUGCGCAGCUGUGUUAAGAGCUUGAAACUAGACUCAGUCAUGUGUAGUAUUUGUACCAUUAGUGCCAACUGUGGUCUCUGGCAUUAGUGCCUACUGUGGUUUGUGAGCUAUGAGUUGACGCGAUAGCCUGUAGCUUUAAUGUACAAUUCAUGAUAUGCAAGUGAAUAUGUUCAUUUUCAGCUG